CGUAAGAUUGUGCUUAGCAUUGCGCGUCACUUCCGAUGACAAACGCUGUCAAUUUACUUAAAUGACGAAAAACGAUAUUUUACGAUUGGACAAAAACUAUGAGCGGAGAGAGACGAUCCAAAGAGACAAUUCGAUUAGGUAAUAAAUUCUAACAUGUGUUCAAGUGCGAAUCAAGUUUGGUGAGGAAUUUAUAUAUCAUGAUAUUAAAAGAAGUGAUAUAUGCGCAUGUGUGAUAUAUACGUGCAUGUACGAAGUGGAGAAAUUUCGGAAUUUCGGAAUUAAUCGAUGCGGUUGAUUAAUGACGCGACUUGAAUUUUUGAGAUUGACAACAAUUUUGCACAAUUUUAUAUACUCGUUGUUUUUUUUCUUGCGUGUAUAUGUAGUUUGAAGUGAUAUUUCGUGCUCGGAGAGCUGAAAAUGAACAUUUGAUGCGCAAACAAUUUGUGAUGGUUCUUUGUGCCAAGGAGACUGGCUUGCGUAAUUCGAAGUGUUAAUAAUUGAAGAUUCACAAUGCAUGCCGGUAUCAGAAGCACGUUUCUCGGGAUGAGGAUGUUUCCGCGCCGGAAACGGAAAUCGCCCGAGCGUGGGAAAAGAUCGCUGCCGAAACUCAGCAGCCAGGACGAGGAUGGGACGAAUCCCCACACCCAAUACACAGGCGUCACACACUUCGAGCCCAUACCGCACGAUCAUGACUUUUGCGAGAGGGUCGUCAUCAACGUGAGCGGGCUACGGUUUGAGACACAGCUGCGUACACUGAACCAAUUUCCGGACACGCUGCUCGGCGAUCCGUCACGGCGGCUCCGAUAUUUCGAUCCGCUGCGCAACGAAUACUUCUUCGAUCGGAAUCGACCUUCCUUCGAUGCCAUACUAUAUUACUAUCAGAGCGGCGGCCGCCUACGCCGUCCGGUCAAUGUCCCGCUCGAUGUCUUCUCUGAGGAGAUCAAGUUCUACGAGUUGGGCGAACUGGCUACCAACAAGUUCAGGGAGGACGAAGGCUUUAUCAAGGAGGAGGAGAAGCCGCUGCCGUCGCACGAGUUUCAGAGGAAGGUCUGGUUGUUGUUCGAGUACCCGGAAAGCUCGCAAGGCGCCCGGGUGGUCGCUAUAAUCUCCGUGUUCGUGAUCCUUCUGUCGAUCGUAAUCUUCUGCUUGGAGACGCUGCCCGAGUUCAAGCAUUACAAAGUCUUCAACACGACGACGAACGGCACGAAGAUCGAGGAGGACGAAGUGCCGGACAUCACAGACCCGUUCUUCCUAAUAGAGACUAUUUGUAUCAUCUGGUUCACGUUCGAAUUAACAGUGCGCUUCCUCGCCUGCCCAAACAAAUUCAACUUCUUCCGUGACGUAAUGAACAUCAUCGACAUCAUCGCGAUCAUUCCGUACUUCAUCACCCUCGCCACGGUGGUGGCCGAGGAGGAGGACACGCUGAACCUACCUAAAGCGCCGGUAAGCCCGCAGGACAAGAGCACGAAUCAAGCGAUGUCCCUGGCGAUACUCAGGGUAAUCAGACUGGUCAGAGUGUUCCGGAUAUUCAAGUUAUCCAGGCACAGUAAAGGCCUUCAGAUCCUUGGGCGGACCCUCAAAGCCUCCAUGAGGGAACUCGGGCUACUCAUCUUUUUCCUUUUUAUCGGUGUGGUGCUGUUCUCGUCGGCAGUCUAUUUCGCGGAAGCCGGCACGCAGGACAGCUUCUUCAAAUCGAUACCGGACGCGUUCUGGUGGGCGGUGGUCACGAUGACGACCGUGGGCUACGGCGACAUGAGGCCCGUGGGAGUCUGGGGGAAGAUCGUGGGUUCGUUGUGCGCGAUUGCCGGUGUCCUUACGAUCGCUCUGCCUGUCCCUGUUAUCGUCUCCAAUUUCAAUUACUUCUAUCAUCGUGAGACUGACCAGGAGGAGAUGCAGUCGCAAAAUUUUAAUCACGUGACCAGCUGUCCUUAUCUUCCUGGCACUUUAGGUAUGAAGAAGAUAUCGAUGUCGGAGUCCUCGUCGGAUAUAAUGGAACUGGAAGAGGGCACCUUGUUCACUCAAGAGAUCACCAAAAAGUCAAAUUGCAACCCUCGUCACAAUAAUAAUAUCAAUCCAGCCUGUAUGAGCAUCGAGACUGACGUCUGACUACUAGUGAAGGAGACGGUGGCAGCGUGGUGGCCAUUGCUGGGCCAGUUGUUAAAGAGCAACUACAGUUCCCUGCGGUGCCUGACGUAGGCCUCCUUCAUACGUCGUUAUAGUCGUAGUGGCUGGUGCCAGCGUCGCUCGCCAGCCAGUCCAGCCAGGUCCAUCAGUACGAGGGGCGUUCGGGUCAAGAAUCGAAGAAAGAUUUGCGGAGAGCGCAAUUUCUCUGAAAAGCCGAACACAAGCGCUUCUUCCAUCCGUGAUAUCGAAAAAAAAAAAAAAAAACGUAAAAGAGAUGAGAGGUGGACCGAAAGUGUACGAAGCACGAGAGAGGGGGAAAUGGAUUCAUUUCGCUCUCGGGACAUCGUCACAUUUUUCGCCGUCUCCUCAGAGAGACUCACGCCCCGCGUAAGGACCCACGUGCGAACGAAGGGGACGGGAUUAUUCCUCGCUCGCGUGUGUGUGCGCGCACGCGCGCGCGCGUUCGGCCCGAAUCCCCCACACCACCGACUCCAGUGUUCAAAACAAAAAAUUAAAAAAUAAAAAAAUAAAGCUAUAACAAAAAAUGAUAUCGUAAAAAAAAAUCGCGGCGUCUCCGAGUAUAAGCGUCGUCGAGUGCCCCUUAUCCUGUCUCUGCGGGCUCCUCCGGCUUCCGAAUAUCGAACGAGCAAAGCGGGAAGAUGAGAGCCGGUAGAUGACGGAAAAUGCGGGGAAAUUGUACCAGAUAAUACUAUAUUUAAUUAUUAUCGAUACAAUUAAU